GCCUAGUCCGGGCGAUUUUCAUCUUUUUCUGGCCCCUGCUCUGUCGCCUCUUAACGUGGAAUUUCAAGUCUGAUUCGGGGUGAUGUGAGUGCACCGUGACACACACAGUAACAGCAGCACUCACGUUUUAGCUCUGUCCUGCGCUAUCAUUCGCGCAGACUGAAAACCCAGACUUCUCAGCUGGCUGAUGUAAAGGACUGUAGCCGUGGCCAAAUAAGCAGAAAUUCUAAAAUUGUUUCCCAAUGGCAAGAAUGUAACCUAUGUCUUGCUUCCAUCUAUGUCAUUCCUCUCGGAAUAUGUCAUGCUGUGCUUGUCCAAGACUAGACCCUGAAAAGUGUGCUACAGUUUCUCGUGAUUCUUUUGCAGCUGGAAACAUUGGAUUGAAAGAGCCAUAGCAAAGUGAGGCAGCAGUAGACAAUACCUCCUGCUUAAAGAUAGGCAGAACUGGGGACAAAUUGUAUUGGAUUCUUAAAGGCAAAGUCAGAGAAUCCUAACGUGUUAGACCUGGGAGAGACUACAGGUUUGCACCAUCCCAUUAAAUAUACAUGGUGGAGAGCACCACUGUGUCCCAAGGGAUGGGGGCCCUGUGUUAAAUCAGAUGUGUCCUAGAGGACAUUGGGGUAUUGCACAUUACUGCUGAAUCUGAAAAUUAGUGUCUUUCCUUGAGCCAAACGGGAACAUGCCCCCGCACAUUUUUUAUAUCCUAAGUGUAUUCAGUGUGUCACCUUUAAAGGCAGAUUUUCGGAGAGCUGUUGUUACUUACUGGAUGUUUUCCAUGUUAGUGGAAGAACCAGGAUCUUCAUUCCUCUGAUUUAAUUACUGGGUGGCAUUUUCUCAUGGAAAACAAAACAGCAGUCACAGACAUUGGCAAGGUUUGGAUGACCUGGGUUGGAUAUGUCCCUGGAUAUCACAAGUUCAUCAGAAGGCAAAUUAUUGCUGAUUGGGGACAUUCGGUACAUGGUUUGCUCAUGAUCUGCUUAAGAAAUUAGGAAAACGUUACUUAGUUAUGACCCUUUUCGCCUUCAGCCUUUUGAUUAGUGCAAGUAGGAAUUCAGAGAAGGAUCUCUGCUUUAAAGGUAACAGAGCCUUGGGGAAAAUCACCAGAGCAGAGAAGUUGCUGUUCUUACAGCUGGGCUUGGCUGCUUUUCCUUUGCUUCUUUGUAUUUUUAGUAAAUGACCCACUGACUUUGUGACCUUUGAAGACACGCUUUCUUAUUCAUGGCUUGAAGCUUCGCCUGGAAGAUCUGUACUUGUGAACAGUCUCUUGUGUGCCUCUGUUGCAUUUGUCUGGAUUGCUAGGCAGUUCCUUAAGUGCAUGAUCCUGCAGUUUCUGUAUGUUUCGAAGUUGUAAAAGGCAGUUUCUUGGGGGAUAGUACGGACAGGACUCAGGUAACCCCGUUUAUCAUCUUAGUGACAUACAAGUGCUCUGCCUUCCCUGUUUUCUCAUUUCUUUGGCUAACACUUUGCUGGAGGAAUCAUUUUGUACUCAAGUAAAGUGAAUGCUGAAGACAGAAGAUUUUGAUGACACACCACUGAAUUUCUUUGUUUGGAAUACACGUUAUGAACCCUUUCUGGAGCAUGUCUACAAGCUCUGUACGCAAACGAUCUGAAGGUGAAGAGAAGACAUUAACAGGGGACGUGAAAACCAGUCCUCCACGAAGUGCACCAAAGAAACAGCUGCCUUCUAUUCCCAAGAAUGCUUUGCCCAUAACUAAGCCUACAUCUCCUGCCCCAGCAGCACAGUCAACAAAUGGCACGCAUGCAUCCUAUGGACCCUUCUACCUGGAAUACUCGCUUCUUGCAGAAUUUACCUUGGUUGUGAAGCAGAAGCUACCGGGUGUCUAUGUGCAGCCAUCUUACCGCUCUGCAUUAAUGUGGUUUGGAGUAAUAUUCAUACGGCAUGGACUUUACCAAGAUGGCGUAUUUAAGUUCACGGUUUACAUCCCUGAUAACUAUCCAGAUGGUGACUGUCCACGUUUGGUGUUUGAUAUUCCCGUCUUUCACCCGCUAGUUGAUCCCACCUCAGGUGAGCUGGAUGUGAAGAGAGCAUUUGCAAAAUGGAGGCGGAACCAUAAUCAUAUUUGGCAGGUAUUAAUGUAUGCAAGGAGAGUUUUCUAUAAGAUUGAUACAGCAAGCCCCCUGAACCCAGAGGCUGCAGUACUGUAUGAAAAAGAUAUUCAGCUUUUUAAAAGUAAAGUUGUUGACAGCGUUAAGGUGUGCACUGCUCGUUUGUUUGACCAGCCUAAAAUAGAAGACCCCUAUGCAAUUAGCUUUUCUCCAUGGAAUCCUUCUGUACAUGAUGAAGCCAGAGAAAAGAUGCUGACUCAGAAAAAGAAGCCUGAGGAACAGCACAAUAAAAGUGUUCAUGUUGCUGGCCUGUCAUGGGUAAAGCCUGGCUCAGUACAGCCUUUCAGUAAAGAAGAGAAAACAGUGGCGACUUAAGAGAUGGUGAAUCUGGUGCACCAUGCACUUUCCUGCUGGACUCUGGCCUAGUUCAAGCUGACCAAUGGCAGAGGACUGCCUCAAGAGUAAAGCUGUGUGAACGAUGACUGACUGCCAGUGUUUUCCAUCUAUGCAUAGGUUCUAACAGCAGGUUUUGGAAACCUCUCUCUAAGUAAUGCGUUACUUCUGUCAGAAGUGUCUUAGGGUGGUUAUCUAGUUCAGUACUCCAAAUUAUUGGGGACCUUGAGGCUUAAGUAUUUUUCUGAAUAUAAUGCUAAAGGUAAGUUGCAUUCAUUUAAACUAAUAGAGCAGACAGAAUUCAGCACUACUUAAUAGUUUGUAAAUCAGUGGUUUCAGUUGUAUAUAUGUUGGGAAAUGGCGAGAUAUAGAGAGAGCAGGUUCCAUAGCUCAGCACUUUUAAGUGGAAGAUCAUUUGAAUCUCAAGUCUUCAGCCUGCACUGAUUUAUAGCCUGCACUGUCUUACUGAUUUAUAAACUGAAAUCACUGAGAAAUGUCUUUAGUUGAGUGAGAAGAAACCAGAACACUUGUUCCUAGUGUUGUGUUGUUUUUUAAACAAAUUACUCACUGUAUUUUUAUGGCAGGAGGAAGAAAAAGUGUUAAAAUGGUUUCUAAUGAAGUCAGAUAUUUAAAUGACGAAUGACUAAUGUGUUUAGUAGAGACAAAAUAAACCAAUAAAUGAUUGUUCUUUGCCAUUUAUGCAAGAAACUACCCUUUUCUCAAUAUAACCAAACAAAAGCUAAUUUAUAAAUGCUUUAUUGAAAAAUACACUUAUCUUCAUAUAAAAUUACAGUAGCAGUAAGUAUCUUGAGAGGUUUUAUAAAUAUUUUUGCAGAACACUAUUCUAAUUGAACAGUGUUAAGUUCCAUAUUUUUCUCAGAGCAAUAUGAAGUUACCUAGUAACUUUGUUUAUACUGAUUCAAUUUACAAUUGAAUUUUCUCCCUAAUAAGAUUAUUAAUUUGACUUGAAAACUGCUGGAACAAUAGUGAUUAAUAAAGGUAUGUAUAGAUAAUUCAA